AUGGGAAAUGAAUGUAAACAAUGCACACAAGAUGUUCAAUCUAUAGAUUUUCAAUCAUAACAUAAUAUCAUAACAUAAUCUAACUAAUAUAGUUUUGGAAUGAAUUGUGUUGAUCAUGAUAUUAAUUUUGAGUUCUCCAGCAUUGAUAAUCCUACUGUUCCAUAAUUUGGACUUGAAUCAUUAAAAAUUAAAGCUGAUCUUCUCCCUCCUCAAGCUUUAAAAGUGUCUUUUGAAGAUUCAAAUAUUUCUUUGUUAGACCUUGAAGAAACAAUAGAAUAAUAGGUUAAUUAAGAAAUUAAUUGUACUAAAUUGCUCUCAAGGUUUUAAAGUCAAGAGGAGAAUUCAAUAGUUUAGUAAAAAAUCAAAAUGAAAUAGAUAACUGGAAGUAAUUUGACAACUUCUUCAGAAGUAUAACUUCAAUAAUUAUAACCAUCUUAAAGAUCCAUUUAGAAAUAAAGACAAUUAUUAUGGGAUUCCAGAACUGUAAAUAAGGAAUUAAAAUAAAGGAAAAAAGCACACUUAAAUUCAAUGACUUAAUUUGAAUAAAUUGAUUAUUAGGGUUCUGCUAGGAAAGAAAAAAGUAUGACUCACUUACCAUAAGAAUUAAAUAAGAAAAAAGAUAAUAAUUAGAUUAAGUAAAGUGAAUAAAAAAUACAAAAUCUAAAUUCAACAAUAUAGGAUGAGUUUCUUUAUAAGUAAAUUAAUUAUCAAUAAAAAAUGUAAUAAAAGAAAUUUCUAAAAUAUGAGUGA